GGGAGCUGCAGGAAGGGAACUGCGGGAGCUCUGCUGCUGCUGUAGGUGUCUUUGGAAAGGCACUUCUUGCUUCCAUAGUCAAAUCCCUGAGGCCCAGGUAGAAAUUGCACCAAUUCUUUGUCAUAAGUCUUGCAGAUCCCUGCUGUCUGCCUCACCAGGGCUUUAUUCCACAUGGAGGGAAUCCCCCCACUCCAGCAGAGCUCACCCUGGCUCAGCCCAACACCCCGUGAACUUCCCUCUCUCCUUUAUAACUGUCCACAUGAGCUGAGUGUUUUUGGAGGAGGAGCUCUGUGAGGAGGAACCAGGGCAAAGCAGGGCAAAGUGUUGUUUGCUGCCCUGCUCUGGCAGUUCCCACCCAGCAGCAGGGCACCGGCACUUCCUUGGCCCAGGGCUGGGAGAAAGGGACACACGUGUCACCCGGGAGGGCUCCCACCGACCAGGGUACAGCAAGGCUCUGCAGCAGCUCUCUUCCAGUCAGGACAUGGCACAGACGGUGACACCGGGCACCUCCCCCGAGGGGCCCCGUCCCUCCUACACGUACAAGGUGGUGCUGCUGGGCAGCAUGUCCGUGGGCAAGUCGAGCCUGGCCUACAGAUACGUGAAGAGUGACUUCAGGGAGCUGCUGCCCACCGUGGGAUGCUCCUUCUUCACACAGGUACUGGACCUGGACGAGGCCACUGUCAAGUUUGAGAUCUGGGACACGGCGGGCCAGGAGAAGUACCAGAGUGUCUGUCACCUCUACUACAGGGAUGCACACGCUGCCCUCCUCGUUUAUGACAUUGCCAAGAAGCAAACAUUCAGCAGAGCAAAGCUGUGGCUGGAGGAGCUGGAGAAGAAAUUCCUUCCUGAUGAAAUCGUGAUUGCUCUGGUGGGCAACAAGACAGACCUGGCUGCUGAGCGAGAGGUCACCACUGAGGAUGGGGAAGACUUUGCACGGACAAAAGGCCUCCUGUUCAUGGAGACGUCUGCAAAAUCCAACCACCAAGUGAAUGACGUCUUCAUGGCCGUGGUCCAAGAGCUCCUGAGGAGGGAAAAAGAGAAGGCGCCCAAGCCAUCCCCACGUGGGAGGUCGACCGUGGACCUGAGGGCGAGUGGGGCGAGGACGAGGUGCUGCUGGAGCUGAGGAUGUGACACUCUGCACUCAGCAGGGCUGUAGCCCACCUCCAUCAGGGGCAGUGACAGAGCAGGGGGGCUCCGAGCUGCAGGGACAGCUCAGCCCGACCACCCUCCCUCUCAAAGGCCAUUCAGAGCCCAUCCUGGCCUGGUACAAGGGGCCUCUUCAAACCUUUAGCUCCAUCCUUAGCUGGGAGAUAAAGCACAGGGAAAAGCACAGCGUGCCAGGAACACUGCCACCAAGCCUGACUGGUGACAUCCCCCCACCCCCAGCUGUCUCCUCCUUCAUCUGAAAAGGGAGGGUUUAAUUUCCCAAAGCAAAGGUCCUGCUGGUUUUACACCCAGGCUGCAAAUAAAUAGAAUA